AUGUCUGACGAUCUGAAGUUUGGAGCUCCGACAUCAACUGAACGCCCCUUGGGAUCCCUGAAGGGUACAUAUGUGAACAUGAGGCGAUGUUCAGAUACUGCCACCUCUGGUGACCACAGUCUGCACAUGCUAUCUGGUCGGUCUAAUGGUCCUUGGUGCCGAGAUCGACUAUUGCUUGAGAAGUUUGAGAAGGUCUCGCUGCUUUACCAUUGCUUUAAGGUCGGCCGUUUUUAA